AUAAACCAACUUUGUAACGCGGAUGCUUAAUUGAAAAAAAAAUCCACACUUCAUUGGAGCUAUAAAAAUUUGGCUUUUUCCCAUAAAUUUAACUAUUCGUUUUCAGUUUUCCCUAAAAAUGUCAGUGGAUUUAAACGGAAUUUCGGGAAACCAAGAAUUCGUGGACGAAACGACGCUAAAAGAAAUUGAAAAUUCGGUCAUCGAGAAUUUGAACACAAUUUCGCAGGAUGCACUAUCGUUUGAAGUUAAUCAUGAACAAGCUGCUCAAGCGUUGAAUGCAAUCGAGAAUGAAUCAGAGACCCGGUCGGAAUCGAACUCUGAACCUUCGGAGAUGGUGUCUCAUGAUUUGAGUAACCAAUCGACGACAGUGGAAACUGCAAGUGACUUUUGUCCAGUUAACAGUUUUGACUCCGAGGACAAUUUAUCAGCUGAACGAGAAUCAAAUCACCAAUCAGAAGCGGAAGACCAUGAACAAGCACUUAAAAACGGCAGGAGCGAUUCAGGUGAGAAAUUGGAAAUGGAUCCUGACAUUACAACACCUAGUUCCUCUGAAGACGCUGUCACUCAGUUUUGGGUGCAUCGCAACCCCGAACCCGAUGUAGAAAGUGCAGCGAGCAUCGAGCGCGAAACUUCCUUGAACUCGGGAAAGCAUCUUCCGAAUGACGACAGCGACGAAAUCACGAGUGACUUCUCAAAUCAGUUGUCGCCGCUGCAAGAAGCUUCGGAUGCUUCAUUGGACGGAACUAAGCUCGAAGAGGACUCUAGACCUUCAGAACCCGAGCCACCCUCGGAGAAUAUUUCACCCUAUGAGAAGUUUUUAAUCGGAACAGGCGAGGAUAAAGAGGAUGAAAUGGACAAAAAUGAAGCUGAUGCGACUUUGAUCUCAGACAACCCUCCGAGCGAAAGUGUAUUGUCAUCCCACUCUCGACUUGACCUUGUUUGGGAUACGGAUAUUCCAUCAGAAUUCGAGCAAGCAGAGAGACCCUCGGGAUCUGUUCAGAAUAAAAGUCAACAUUCUCUAGAACGCUUUCAGAGUCCUAGCGAUGGCCAGAAAAAGAUCGAAGCGGAAAACAGUCAACAAAAUUCGCCCUAUGCUUCUGAAAUUGACAGUUUAACGGUCUUUAACAACGUCGAGUUGAACCCAUUGCCGAAAAGGCCCGUGAACAGUUUUGGGGGGACAUUUAAGGAAAACGGGGAUGACUCACUGGUCGAAACAACUUGGGACAGCGAGAGUGUGACGUCGCAAAAAGAUGUUCCUAGCAUCCCAAUCGACUCGGAAUAUAAUGAAAGAAGCAAUGAACAAGUUGUACAGCCACCUGAACAAACUCCUAUCAACGAGUCAGCUCCAACUCAGACUGUGACACAUAUUCAGGACACUAGAAAUUCUCACAAAUUAGAAUCAAAACUGCAGAUUUCUAUUUCGACUGACGUAAUGGACUGCACUAUCCAUGCUGACAAUUUGCCACUGAAGCAGAACAAGAUAACAAGAACAUUUACGAAGGAGUCAAAAACACCAGAAGUAACUUCGCAGGAUAAUAACACCGAUUCCAUUUCAAGGAAUGGAUCAGAGAAUGCUCAACCAAAAGUUGAACUUUCUAAUAAAAUGACGUCCAGAAAAUCGACUAACUCUCGUAACAAUCAGGAGAGCAGAGAAAAGAAUGUUCCAGAACAUUCUGGAAGUUCUGCAGGUGAUGAACCAAAAAAUAUUUGGGCAGUAGGAUUGAGGGAUAAGUUAUAUGAGCGAGAGACAUCAAGGCCUCCAAACUUGACUCGAAAUAAGCGGAUAACUUAUGAGCCUUCAAAUAAUGCACCGAAAAACGAACAGUCACUUUCUAGAAAGAAACAGAUGGCUAAACUGUGCAGCCAUCAUGAUCAUCAGGAGUUGCACUUAUGCUGUAUGCCUCCAGCACCCGAGUAUAAUUUCACACCACGAAUUGAACAGGUAAAGCGAGAAGUCACGCAGCGUUCAUUGUCAGUUGAUAGCUCAAACUCAUCUUGCAAGAAGUUCAACCUGCCCCAAACGCGACGUCGUGUCCCCAGCAACGCCUCGACUCCUUCCGACGUGGGCGAGUCCAGUGUCUUCGAGAGCGAUUCAGCACGAACUUCCGGUAGAUUUGGAAAUUACAGAACUUACAAUGGACGGAAGCGAAACGAGAGCAGUUCUAGGGACUGCCCGAGUGACGCCGAGAGUGUGACAAGUGUUGCCAGCAGCACCAACAGUCGCAUUCCCAGAUACAUCGGCAGGUCUUCAAGAGCUGAUUCCGAGAGCAGCAAACUCAGUGAACGAGACGUGAAGCAAAUAGUGAAACUUGUGAAAGGUGGUGACCGAAAGGUGGGCAACCGACUCAGCCCAGAGUUCGUGAUCAAAAAGGAUCCUGUCUCCAAGAAGUGGCAGUUGAGAGACAGCAGCAGCGACCUACGCGGUUCAUCGGCGGGAAACUCAUCCCGUGAACGCAGUCCGGCAUUCAAACGUAACCCAUAUUACAACAUAGAAGAUGACGAAAUAGUUUCGAGAUCUGAAUUGAAGCUAUCCUCGUCGGUUUCGGCCAAUCGGAGCAAGCGACAGUCCAAUCUGUUAACUCAGUACGGUGUCGGAUUUCUGCUGGGACUACUAGUAGCGGCAGUCGUUCGUUACGUUGUAGCUCCUACUAUUUCCAUGGCUUUGAAAUCUGGAAACAACUCAGAAGAGACUGGAAAUACUUUUGGUGACGAAAAUCAGAAGGCAGAUUUGUAAUUUUGGGAAAAAAAACUGACAAUAGCUUGAACGAAAAAAAAUCAAACAAAACUUUAUUUUUACGCUAAGUUAUUAUUAAAAUGCAAUAAUCCAUUCA